AUGGCCAACCAGACUGUCGUCCUGCCCCGCGCCGCCCACUCUGUCACCCGACUCCUUCGUCCUCAUCUCCUGCGAGGCAACAACGCUCGGAUAUGUAAGAGAUGUAUUGCCACGGGACAGCAGCGCAAUGAGCAGGAUGGUCCUGAUUCGUUGACCUUCUCCGAGCGGGCGCCGUUCAUGGCUCAGAAUGAGCUAUUCAGUCGACGCCAUAUCGGUCCUUCCCACGAGGACGAGACGGAGAUGCUCAAGGCGCUGGACCCCCCUGUCAAGGAUCUCGAGGACUUCAUACAGCAGUCUCUACCGCAAGGGAUCCGACAGAAAGCUGCCACCACCCUCAUGGAUGCACAAGGAAGACACAACAUCAAGGGGCGCAGUGAGAAGCAAGUGCAGAGCGAGCUGAACAAACUGGCCAAAUUGAACACCCUCUCGCGCAAUUUCAUAGGCGCGGGUUACUAUGGGACAACCACCCCACCGGUUAUCACGAGAAACAUUCUGGAAAAUCCUGCCUGGUACACCAGUUACACCCCUUAUCAGGCGGAGAUCAGUCAGGGUCGCCUGGAGUCACUUCUGAAUUUCCAGACCCUUGUGACCGAUCUGACGGGCCUUGCCAUAGCUAAUGCAUCUGUCCUUGAUGAGGGCACUGCUGCUGCUGAGGCGAUGACUCUGUCCAUGAACGCUCUUUCCACCUCUCGACUCAGGGCACCUGGUAAGACGUUUGUUGUCUCGAGCCUUUGCCACCCUCAGACAAUUGCAGUUCUGGAGGCGAGGGCGGCGGGCUUUGGCAUCAACAUCGUGGUGGGUGAUAUCCUGGACAACGACUGUCAACUGGUCAAGGACCAGGGAAGGAACUUGGUCGGCGUUCUCGCGCAAUAUCCCGACACCACUGGAGGCGUCUUCGAUUUCCAGAACCUCUCGGAUGUGAUACAUGCUGCGGAUGCCACAUUUUGUGUUGCAACAGACCUGCUUGCACUGACUCUAUUGAAAGCGCCCGGUGAAUUUGGCGCCGACGUUGCCUUUGGAAGUGCGCAACGAUUUGGCGUCCCUAUGGGUUUCGGCGGGCCGCAUGCUGCCUUCUUUGCCUGCAAUGAGAAACACAAACGGAAGAUCCCUGGUCGACUCGUCGGAGUGUCCAAGGAUCGACUUGGCAAUCGUGCUCUCCGCCUCGCCCUCCAAACUCGGGAGCAACAUAUUCGGAGGGAAAAGGCCACUAGCAACAUCUGUACCGCCCAAGCGCUGCUCGCUAACAUGAGCGCCUUUUAUGCCAUUUACCAUGGACCAGAAGGCUUGAAAGACAUUGCUCAUCGGAUAUGGGCCAUGGCUAAAUUCGUUCAAAUGUUGGUAGAAAAACACAGCUCGACGCUCAAUGUGGUCACAAGAGGUCUUGGUGAUGAUGGCGCCGUGCUCUUUGACACUGUUACUCUAGAAGCGCAGGACACCGACGUCUACGAGAAGGUAUUGGCACGAGCUUCCAAACUAGGCGUCAGUCUGCGAACGAAUGUUCCCGGAAGUAGCCCCGGAAAGCCAAGACUCGGCUUCUCUAUUGACGAGUCGACCGGCAGCAAGAAUCUGGUCAAGCUGGUGAGUGCUCUUGGGAUAAAGGAUAGCGACGUCGAAGCUGCCUUGCGAGACUCGCAAAUUCUUUCCAAAGUCAACAAACGGGACGCCGCAAACACACUACAGAGAUCGACGCCAUUUUUGACCCAUCCUGUCUUCAAUGACCAUCACUCAGAAACCGAGCUCCUUCGAUAUAUGCACCAUCUCCAAUCGAAAGACCUCUCGCUUGUACACUCGAUGAUCCCAUUAGGCUCGUGCACCAUGAAACUCAACGGCACUACGGAGAUGCUACCCGUGUCGAAUGUUGGGUGGUCCGCACUUCACCCUUUUGCUUCCGGUGCAGAUGGCUAUAAGGCUCUCAUUGAGCGGCUGUCCAAAAACCUGGCGACGAUCACUGGGAUGGCUGCGGUCAGCUUACAGCCAAAUUCCGGCGCGCAGGGAGAGUUUGCUGGGCUUCGGGUGAUUGAGAGAUAUCACGCCAACAGAGGCCAGAGCAAACGAAAGGUAUGCUUGAUCCCUGUCUCCGCCCACGGCACAAAUCCUGCAUCUGCCGCCAUGGCCGGAAUGAAAGUUGUUCCGUUGAAGUGCGACACAAAGACUGGCAACCUGGAUAUCAAAGACCUCAAGGAAAAGUGUGAAAAGCACAAGGAUGACUUGGCUGCCAUCAUGAUUACCUACCCGAGCACGUUUGGUGUCUUUGAACCAGCCAUCAAGGAGGUUUGUCAGAUUGUGCACGAUCACGGCGGUCAAGUGUACAUGGACGGCGCCAACCUCAACGCUCAAAUUGGCCUUUGCAACCCCGGUGAAAUUGGAGCCGAUGUCUGCCAUCUCAACCUGCACAAGACUUUCUGCAUUCCGCAUGGUGGCGGUGGGCCCGGCGUGGGACCUAUCGCCGUCAAGGAUCAUCUUCAACCAUUCUUACCCACUCAUCCUCUCGUGGAUCCCCAUCCUGGUCCAGAUCGAGCUAGGACAGCGAUCUCCCCAGUAAGCUCUGCACCUUGGGGCAGUGCUCUCAUUCUACCCAUCAGCUAUGCCUACAUCCAACUUAUGGGGAGUGAAGGGCUGAAACAUGGCACGGAAGUUGCGCUGCUGAAUGCGAACUACAUCAUGUCCCGCCUCAGACCGCAUUAUCCCAUCGUCUAUACCAACGCAAACGGGCGAUGUGCACAUGAAUUCAUCCUGGACGCCAGAGGUUUCAAAGAGACCUCAGGCAUUGAGGCAAUCGACAUUGCGAAGCGACUGCAAGACUACGGCUUCCACGCCCCGACCAUGAGCUGGCCCGUGGCGAACACUCUCAUGAUUGAACCUACCGAAUCGGAGUCGAAGGAGGAACUUGACCGAUUCUGCGAUGCUUUGAUUGAGAUCCGAAAGGAGAUCAAAGCUAUCGAAGACGGGGACAUGCCCCGAGAGGGUAAUGUCCUAAAGAUGUCGCCACAUCCGCAACAGGAUCUGAUGCGAAAUGAUUGGGAUCGACCUUACUCUCGAGAGCAAGCGGCAUAUCCACUGCCGUGGCUGCGAGAGAAGAAAUUCUGGCCUACCGUCGCCCGGGUCGAUGACGCCUACGGAGACACCAACCUUUUCUGUACCUGUACACCUGUCGAAGGCUUCGAGAAGGAGGGUAUCACUGGGCACCAAGCACCGAUGCCUACAUGA